AACGCGCCCUCCAGGAGGCCCAGCCCACGCGUGCUUGGAGUUUGGAGAUGCCCGGUGGCGGUAAAUUUCGCGGCUCAAAGAGAAAGAGAAAUUUGGAUCUGGAAUACCCGUCCUUUCCAGGAGAUAGUCCACUGCAGGUCAGAAAAGCAGGCCUCAGGACAGUGGGGGCAGCUGCUUCCCUCUCAGAAGCAUGGCUCAGGUGUGAAGAAGGAUUUCAGGAUACUUCUGGAAUUCCGUCAUUAGCAGCUGAAAAGAAGACUAUUACAGAAAAACACCUUGAAUUAUUCACCAGUCCCCCAAAAGAAACAAUUACAUCUAAGAGUACCAGUGGGCUUACGGAAAUAACUUGGAGUUCCAGUGGAAGUGAUGAGUCAGGUGAAGAUGAACUACCGUGUGUUGACUGGGACAGUGACAGUGACAGGGAAGACACCAAUGAAUACAGUGAAUUUGAAGAUGGCCAGAGUGCUGUGGAAAUAUCAGACUCAGCUUCUCGUGCAAGCAGUCAUUCUUUGAAAAGUGAAGAGAGUGUUUCUGAGCUUCCUAAGACAAGUUCUACAGAAAUUUUGGAGUAUUCAUCAGAUAGUGAAAACAAAGAUGAUUUGGAGAAUAUCUUGGUCACUGAUUCAGAGUCAUCUCACAAAUACUACAUGGAUUUUGGAUCAGUUGGAAGACAAGUUAAGGAAACACUGGUAAACCCAAUGGUGAAAUCUACAGAUAACAUUUUGUAUACACCACAGAAACAGACAAAGUUUCUGAGGACUCCUGAAAAUUCAGCAAAGAAGCAGCUUUUAAGAGGCGGACUAGCAGAAAGACUAAAAGGACUACAGAAUCGAGAGAGAUCUGCCAUUUCUUUGUGGAGACAUCAAUGUGUUUCUUACCAAAAGACACUUUCAGGUAGCAGAUCUGGUAUGUUAAUUGUGAAAAUUCUAGAGCUGCAUGAAGAAUGUACCAUCCAAGUUGCAAUGUGUGAGCAGUUAGGGGGACCGCAGACUGACGGCCCUUCUCAGGGUGAGGCCCCUGGGACUAGCCUGAAGGUUCUCUUCACAAAGGAGACCGCACACUAUCUCAGGGGGCGUCCACAAGAUGUCAUCCAUAUCUACCCUCCCUGGCAAAAGCUUAUUAUCCCCAGUGGAAGUUGCCCUGUUAUUCUGAGUACUUAUUUUUGUCAGAAAAUUGUUGCCAAAGAAGAUGCGAGAACAACACAUGAAGUACACGGUUGGAACACACCCCUUCCAAGAAGAAACAUCACUUUGGCCCAGAUGUUUAGAUUUAAUUGUCUAACAAAUAAUUCACCCGAAAGCCAGGUUAUGAGUAGUAGUCUUACCACCAUGAGGACAGGCUGGACCCACAGGCAUGAGGAAGCAAAACAGCACUUUUCAUCUCAAGUACCCCUGACAGAUUCUCUCCUGGAUACUGCAGAAAGCCAAGGAGCUGCCACAUGGUCAGGAGUUAGAGUCCCAGUGGUGGUACAGAGAGUUUACUCUCUUCCCUACAGGUGUCAGCAGGGGGGUGCAUCAGCUGCUUCCCUCAUCUCAGACCCACCGAAAGUUCGAAUCUGCCUUCUCGUGCAAGAUGCCUAUGGAAUGUUCAGUGAAGUGCACUUGGAAGAAACCACCCUUAAGGACAGACAUUUGGAAGGGAAGUCCUGCAGCCUAGCAGGAAUGAAAGUUCUACAGAAGGCCACCAGAGGAAGGACAGCUGGACUUUUCAGUUUGAUUGACACUCUGUGGCCUCCAUUGAUGCCUCCGAAAGCACCAGGCCACAGCCAGGCCUGUGAAGAGGUAAAAAGUCACCUUCCUCUUCCUAGCUUCUGUUAUAUCCUCACUGCUCAUCCAAAUCUGGGACAAAUUGAUAUAAUUGAAGAUCCCAUUUCUAAACUGUACAAACCUCCAAUUCCUCGCUUAUUAAGAGAAAUUCUCCAGACUGAUGAUCUUGGUACCCGUUGCAGUUUCUAUGCCAGAGUGAUUUAUCAAAGACCACUGCUAAACAGUUUGCUUCUUCUGGAGCAAAGGGAGAUUUGGUUGAUGGUGACUGAUGCCACCCUGCAAGUGCAGGAUGAAAAUAACUCUGGCUUCCCCAAAACCCUGCCGGUCUGUGUGACCCCCUCAUGUGUGCUGGGCCAGGAAAUCCUGGAGAUGCUCACCGAAGCUGCCCCUCACGUCUUCUUCUUCAGAGAUGCUCUCCGAGACCAGGGUCGGAUUGUUUGUGUUGAACGCACCGCCCUCUUGCUUCCAAAGCCCAUUUUGGGUGUGGCUUCCAUGGCUUGCUCCUGUGAGCUGGCUGGCCCUGUGAAGCUCGAUGAACUGGAUUCUGUUACUCAGGUCAACUCCAUUUGCAGCAUUCAAGGCACUGUGGUCGGUGUGGACGAGAACACUGCUUUCUCAUGGCCUACAUGUGACCUGUGUGGCAACGAGAGAUUGGAACAGAGUCCAGAAGACAGAGGCACCUUUUCCUGUGCAGUCUGCUGCCGUGUGGUCGCUUGCCCUCUUCUGAAAAGACACCUCCAGGUCUUUCUGGACUGCCCCUCACGACCCCAGUGGACAGUGAGGGUCAAGCUGACGCAGAGCAGUAUCUCUUCACUCCUGAGGUUUGCCGCCUGUGAGGAUGGGAGUUAUGAAGUGGAGAGUGUCAUUGGAAGGAAGGUGGGGUUGUUAAAUUGUUUUGUCCAGUCCAUAACCACCCACCCGACCAGCUGCAUUGGAUUGGAGGAAAUCGAGCUUCUGAGUGCAGAAAGAGCCUCCUGAGAUUACCAUGGGUCGUAGGAAUCUGAAGAUUGCAGUGUGGCUGCAAGGGUGCUGGUGGUGGUUUUUGGUAGUUACUUGUUAACUGUGUAAAAAGUGAGUAUAUUUUAUGAUCUUGAAAUGGAAUUUAAGAUUUCUCAAUGGCACAUGUUAAUAAAAUGUUGUAAACUAUAAGUCAAAACACUUUUUGUACAGUUAUAUAUUAUUACCUUUUUGCAAACUCAGGAACAUAACUGUUAAUGAAACUUACAUAAGCUAGAAGUCUUCAUUUUGUAUUUAUCUCAGGCAAGAAUAUUAAUGUAGCGAGAAAAAAAUUUCAUUUCCAAUUUUAAAGUAAAUUUUACCACAAUUCAACAUGUUUUUCUUAUACUAUUUGUUCUAACAUUCCCCCAAAGAAUACACUGCAAAGCUUAAACCUUUGUCCUACAUUGUUAUAUUACC